AUGAUUUGGAUUUGGGGUCUUUUUGUGGCCGUUGUGGCUGCCAGCGUGGACGAUUUGGUUGGUACAUGGACUACUAAGUCUCGGGAAGUAGUGACCGGUCCAGGAUUUUACGAUCCGCUCAAUGACAAGCUCCUCGAGCCGAACUUGACUGGCAUUUCUUACUCGUUCGAUGCAGAUGGACACUAUGAAGAGGCUUUGUACCGUGCGCUAGCUAACCCAACCGAUCCAUCCUGUCCUUCCGGGAUCAUGCAAUGGCAGCAUGGAUCUUAUGUCGUCGGUACUGAUGGAACUAUCACAUUGACUCCAAUCGCUGUUGACGGCCGACAAUUGCUAUCAGAGCCCUGCAAACGAGGAACAGGCAGUUAUACCCGAUACAAUACCACAGAGCAUUUCAAGGGAUUCUCCGUCUCUCUCAAUGCAUACCAUGGUGUCCAAAGACUUGACCUUACUCAGGCUGAUGGUCAGAUUAUGCACCCUAUGUACUUGGUCUACAAACCCCCGAAAAUGCUUCCAACAAACACCUUGAACCCAAACCCAACCGAGUCUCACAAUAAGCGAGAUCUAUCUUCAAUUUCUGCUCCUAACUUUAACGUUGUCAUUCAAGAGGAGAUCAUGAAUCCAGAUCGGUGGUGGUGGUUGGGUGUAUUUAUGACUUCUCUCGGUGGGAUGGCCUUCUUCUUCUCUUGA